AUGAAAUUUGCCCACUCUUUUUCCCAGGUUCUCGACGAGGAGGACUUCCCGGCAGAUUGGCAGGCUGCUGCUAUUCGAUACAAGCAGCUCAAGAAAUGCAUAAAGAAAGUCCAGCAAGAACUAUGUGAACUGGGACUCACCGCAGAGAUCUUGAGAAGCCUUGUUCAGCAGAAUAGUGAUCCCAUCGAUCCAGCAGCCAAGCAUAGCCCUCUGUUUCAAUAUCUUUUUGACGGUACUGUCCAAUGCUUCCAGCCGAAACUUGUCUUGACCAUAGACGCCGUAAACGGGAUACCAUUAGAUCUAAACCUAUCGGAGGAGACCAGAAGGUCUUUGGAAAACAUAGUUCAACAGAAGCUUGGGAACAUAACGAUUCUGGAGUUGGACGACGAUGAAGAGUGCCAAUCAGAUUCUGACAGUGGGCCCGAUAGUCCGGGACUUGAAACAAGUUUCCCAGGUUCCGGGUUGCCUGUCCCUCAUCCAUGUAAGAAGAGAAGCGUCUCAAACAUUGAGAUUACUCUUUAUUCGGACUCGGAGUUUUUUCAUCUUUUGACCUCCGAGCUAGCGUCUCUGGAAGCACUCCAAAAUCGAGCCGAGACAGAAAUCAAAUCGAAAGUGCUUGAUAUUGGUGGUGCCGUCACCGGGGUUGCAGCCCCCAAGUCCACAAACUCAAAGUCCGACUUAUACCCAUGGCGUGAAAUUUUCCGGGUAUACGUGGAGAGUGGUAUAUUUUUCUCAAACCUAGAAUGUGAAAACCACGAGGAAAGAACGGUAGAGAAAGCACAAGAGCAACUCGCGUGGUUCAAUAAGGAAAUAUUCAGGCUGGGGUUGCAAACCAAGUUCAAGAACCCCUACAGCUCGAACCUGCUGCGUCGUUUUAUGGGUAUAAACAUGGAUGUAUUGAGGGUGAUGCGGUUCCAAGCAAUCAACAAAAUCGCUAUGACCAAGAUUCUAAAGAAAUUCGACAAACGCACCGCCCUAGGAGCCCGUGAAACCUUCCCAGAAUUUAUCUCCUCCGACUCCUUCCUUGCGUCUCAUCUGGCAAAAGCAAUCUGCUACACCAUGUCUUCUUCCCUCUUAAAUCUCAUCCCUCAACUCGAUGACUACUUGUGCCCUAUCUGCUCCUCAAUCUCCGUUAAGCCCGUGCGGCUCUCCUGCUCCCACGUCUUUUGUGUCCGCUGUCUCGUCAAGCUCCAGCGUGCAAAGACCCGCCGCUGUCCAAUGUGUCGGAGUGAUGCAGUGCUAACAGCUGACUCGACAAACUUGGAUGUGAGCUUGCUGGCCUUUCUGAAAGAGUACUUUCCGAAAGAGGCAAAGCUAAAGCAGCAAGAGAAUGAGAAAGAGGUUGCCAUGGAGCAAUGGAAAUCAGUUCAUCAUGAUAUGUUUGGAGGGUCAUCGAGGGAUUCGUGUGCAAUCAUGUAG